GGGUAAGGAGGAAAGGGCAAAUGCCUUGCCGAGACCUGGGUACCGCGCUCGCGACGGUUAAGCUGUGCUUGAGGACAAGCGCCGGGAAAACAAGAUGGCGUGAUGGUUGUUGUCUCCUGUCUACUCUAGUGGUCCGGAAAUGCCUAUAGAAGUAAGGGAUGGGGUAUCUGUUGUUCUUCCGGAAGAAGGGACGUGGACCGACCUAGAACUGGCCUAUGAAACCGUGAUGCUGGACGAGAAGGACACGUUCCUCUGGAUAGAGACAAUCUGGACUAAGGUCAGCCUGACGAGACUUUCACCUAGCUUGAUGGACCUAGAAUUCCGGGGAACAGUGGAAGCUCGAGGAUGGGUCUACCUAUCACAGGAAUUGGAAAAUGCAAUGGUAGUGGGACCAGUAUUGGGCACGACACCGGAUCAGCUGUUUAGGCAAGCAGAACGGGAAGUGGUAUGGGCAGCAUGUCAGAGGGCAAAAAUGGAGAUGGAAAGGAUGGAGGUGCGGCUGGAACUCGGGGACCGGAAAAUUAUGAGACGCCCUCUUAGGACAAUGAGGAUGUCUGGCCAUUGUAGGGUUCGGGGCGGAUCACGAGUCAGGAGAUUCAAAGGCGAGCGCGUGAUGGCGCGAAGAAGGACGUUCCUCGAGGAACGCCCCUUGGGCAUUGAACCACCUAGGGAAGUACCAGGUGGGGUAGAGGUUAGCUUGCCGGCGGCAAGUGAAGGCUGGCACCACGUGGCAGAUUGGGUCGGGGUCGAGCUUGCGGAAAAUAUGGUCUACUUGGUGACGAAAGUUGAGUGGCGUGCGGAUGAGAAUGGGGAAUGGAACCCGGACCCGCGGGGGCAUGUGCGUGCAGAAGGACGGCUGUAUGUAUCAGAGGUUGGGUGGAGGGAGUUCGGGGUUCGACUGGCAUCAAGAGAAGACCCGUUGAGCAUGUUUGAAGGGGCAUGGCAGUUAGUAUGGCGAGCGGGAUUUGAGUUCGCAGAUCCGGGGGUUGACGAUGUAACAGCGGACCUUAGGGUAGCCAUGGUCGGGAGUUUUGAAUUGCCCAAUGAAAAUGUACGAAUGAGGCUGCCGCCCUUCCUGCUGGAAAGGUUGGGCGGUCUGGGACUUGUUAGACGAGCGGUAGCCGACCUCGCAAGCUUGACAUACGAAGAGGCAAUGGUACAUCGAGAAUACUAUCGGGCCUUCCUAGAAAUGAGCCCGUUUAGUGGAGAGCAGAAGUAUGAGGUGUUGCGCAUCCUGUGUGCCGUGUUUAGCACCAGGCCGAGGGCUCCGGUCGUGGGAAGUGAGGUCCUGUGGGGAGUCAUCCGAUGGGAGAUAAGUCAAGGGAUGGUGUACGUAGAUGAUCUGUACCGAUUGCUAGGUAAAGAAAUGGCGACUGAGGAAGGGAUCGAUGACCAGCAGAGCGGAGGGAAUCAGGGCACGAAUGGGGAUGGGGAACGAAACGAGGGAUCAACCAGGGAUCGAGAGUCAGCCAAACUGGAAGGAACCCGAGAAGACGGAAAGGACGCCUCAAUUGGAGAAAGCUCGGGGAAAGCUGGGGGUAGCAAAAAGGGACCUCAGGAAAACAGGGAAGGGGGAAACGAUAUGAGAACAAGCCCUCGGAACUCAGCAGGAGCCACCCCUAAAAAGACAAAAGUCUCGGAUGCCAGCCGUAAAUUGGCAGAGAGAGAAAAACAGACAGCAGAAUUUAAGGCAAGGCUUAUCGAGCAGAUGAUGGUCGAGGAUGAGGAGGACCCCCAGGGCGCAGGGUCACGAGAGGGACGCAGGGCCGGUCAGGACGAGACCAGAGGAACGCCGAAAACCAGGGAGAAGCAGAGGGAAAGCAAGGAGGGAGAAGGGACUAGUGCAGUUGGGGAAGGGGGUAGCUCCGAAGGUGGGCUCAAGAAGAUAGUCACCACCCUCACCCGGUCACUGAGCAAAAACCAGGGGUACCUCGCAGAUGCAAAGAAGAAACUCACGUUCGACGGGGCAAACAUUACGGAGUUUCUGAUAGACUAUGAGAACCUAGCAGCCUUACUGAAAUGGACGAUAGAGGAAAAGAUUGAGCACCUAGGGCAACACGUGUCGCUAAGCUUGGGAAGGGACAUUAUGGCCAUCGUCGCCUCCAGUGGAUCCUGGAAAGAAACUAGGAAUGAGAUGAUGAGGAAAUAUCGGAAGACAGAAAAAAUGGCAGCAGAGGCCGAAUUAGCCGCAGUCAAGAGGAAAAACUAUGCGACUUACAACGAUUUCCUAAGGGCAUUUAUGUUAGUGACGUUGCGAAUUCCCGGGGUAACGGACCGCAUAAUGAGUAAAUACUUCCUCAGGCAGUUCUCCGAGUUUGACAAGGAUAAGAUUCUGUCAGCAUACCAGCAGACCAGUAAGUUCGAGUACACGAGAGAUGUGGACUUCAACACCGUAACAGACCUUGCGGAAAAGACAGUGGUCACCGAGACACUAGCCCUGCUUAAGGAACUGGAGGUCAUAGAUCUGACCGGGAAGACAGGGGAUAAGGUCAAGAAGGGGAUAGAGAGCGUGCACGAAUGGGUGCACGAGGUUGACAGCAAGAUGGACAGAAUGGAAAAUGCGUUGUUAGUAAUGCAGGCGCAAGUGUCCAGRCCCGCCCUCCCGCCCCAAGAGGCCGUGGUUCCAGCAGCUGUAGCAAACCGGGGGUUUGGCAGGAGGGACCCGACCAACGAACAAUGCAAGUAUUGCACCAUGAUCGGGCAUUUCGUUCGGGCCUGUCCGAGGCUCAAUCACGAUAUCGAGUGGCAGAGGUGCAGUAGGUCCCUCAAAGGCGAGAUCCUCGGACCCAGGGGGGAGCGUGUCAAUUGGAACUCGUCAGGAGGGAUGCGGCGAGCCGUCAUCCUCCUGAAUAACUUAGAGAUAGCUGCCGUAAACAAGGAAGUAGCAGGGAGUAUCCGGGGAGCCGUUGGCGAAAUUCCUUUCACAGGGUAUGUCACCAAAUGUGCAGUCAGGACGGGAAUCCGAGAAUCCAUCUGGUCCUUUCAGCGGAUGACCGCGAUGGAGGAAAUGGAUCACGACGUAAUCCUCGGGAGACAGUGGUGCGCCAAUGUGGAAAUGAUAGGAAUGCACCUGCACGACGGCACAUACAUGGUAAACAUUGAGGACCCAGUGACCGGCCGCGGGGAACUCCUCCAACUUCUUGGGACCGGAGGGGACCUUCCGAAGGGCAAAUUGGCAACCUGGUCUCCAACAUUCGAAGAAAGUGCGCGGAAGGGGGCAUUCGCACGAAUGGAAGGCAUGAGGGAAAGAGUAGAAAUUAUGAUCGAGGAGGCUUUUAGUAAAAAGGAAUGGAUCAAGAUGGGUCUGCCCGUAAAAAAGAGGAGGCCAGAGGACGAGCCUCUGGGGGUUAUGGUGGCGGAAAAGGAGCAGGAAGUUGAACUCGGGGCCAGCCUGCCCAAGCCAAAGGAAGGUCGUAACGAGCCCCACGAGCUAGCGCUCGAAAUCCCAGACCUGUUGCAACUUGUUAAGGCAAUCAGGUACCACAAGGUGGGAGUGGACCCGGCAGGGCUUGCCAAGUUUGAGGAUGAGGUUCGAAAAGGCUACUGCCUGAAUGGGAAGAUAGUUAGCAUUCAGCCCCAAGGCAGUGUGCGAAAAUACAAACCCGUAGGAAAGAAGGCCAAGCCGGUCUCGAUCCUAGUAGAAACAUCAAAGGAAGAGGCCAUGGAAAAAGAGGAGGAGAUCCUACGGGUUAUAAGGGAGAGACGCGCAAUGGAAGGGCAUCGCAUACCAGACGAGGUAGCAGAUACCAUGAAAAUAGGAGUGGAAGGGUUUCUAACAGCGGAAGAAACUCAGUUGAUAAAAAAGUCAUGCCAGGAGUUUCAUUUAGCCUUCGCCUUCAACGAUCAUCAGAAAGGGCGAUUGGACGCAAAGCUAGUUCCCCCUGUCAGGAUCCACACCGUACAGCACGAGUGUUGGAAUGAUAAAGGGCCCGCCUAUGAGUUUGGGAUAGCAGCGGAGGUCACCGACCUGCUUAGAGCUAAGAUAGAUUCUUUCGUGGUUGAACCCACCGCAUCCCCCUACGAGAACAAGUGGUUCGUGUUCAGGAAGCCCAAUAAGACGCUCAGGUGGAUCCAGGACCUGCAAAAGCUCAAUGCGGUAACAAUUAGGGACGCAGGCUCGCUUCCACAGGCCGACUUGUUGGCAGAAUCCCAUGCGGGGCGGAGUAUUUACUCCCUGGUAGACUUGUACUUAGGAUAUGAUCAGUUGCCGCUCGAUGCGAGGGAUAGAUCGUACACUGCAAUGCACACCCCCGUAGGGCAGCUGCAGAUGCAAGUGACCGCUAUGGGGUUUACAAAUGCGGUAGCAGAGGCGCAGAGAAGGAUGCUCGCCGUCGCAGGGGAUAUAUUUCCGGAAAAGUGUGAACCGUAUAUAGAUGAUAAUCCCGUAAAAGGCGCAAGGUACAAGGACGAGACGGAGAUCGAGCCGGGCGUACGAAACGGACCCAAGAGCAUCCUGGCCGUCCCGGAAGUAACCAUACUGGGAUUUCGUUGCGGAGCUUACGGGAGGAGACCCGACCCAGCAAAGACGGAUAAGAUCUCCCAAUGGCCGACACCCCUGCGUACCACGACGAAAGUACGAGCCUUCCUAGGGGUGGUGGGGUUCUGGAGGAUCUUCAUCAGAGGAUUUACAAAGAUAGCAGAGCCCAUCCGCGCAAUGAUUAGGGAAGGCGGCACCAUGGAUUGGACCGAGGAUAGGGAAGCGGCGGCCCAAAUCCUGAAAGACAUCCUAUCGUCCGACCAGGUCACUCUAGCAGCACCCUGCUUCAAUGACGAGGUAGGACGACCCUUCAUCUUAGAAACAAACGGGGGACCACUGGCAGUUGGAGGAGUGUUGAUACAGAGAAGCGAGGAGGGCAAAGAAAGACCAAUCAGAUCUGAAAGUAGGACCCUGAAUUCAGCAGAACGACGGUAUUCGCAGUUUAAGAAGGAGGUCUUAGCAAUCUUACAUUGUCUCAAGACCUUCCAGGCAUACCUGUUCGGAAGCCGAUUUAUCCUAAGGAUCGAUCCCACCAACGUGGCCGGAACCCUAAAGAACUACAAGCCUAUAGAUCAGACCGUUGGCAGAUGGAUAGGCUUCAUAUGGCAAUUCGACUAUAAGGUCGAGCGAAUUGCAGGGCUUCGAAAUAGGGCAGAUGGGUUGAGCAGGGUUUGCAUCACGCCAGAAGGAGUAGAGGACGUGGAAUCAAUUGACGCCUUCCUGGAGUACGAAGGAGGGACCCUUGUUGUGGAUAAUGAGAUGGCAGAUCCAGCAAUUACAACAGGUCAGUUGUUGAUUCAUACCUUGGAAAAAGGCGCGCCCCCAGUAGUUGCAGAACUCAGGGAAGGACCAGUCACCUCGGUCGGGCGCAAGGAGGAAAAGGACUCGUGGGGAGCAGAAGUAGGGGCCAGAGAGGAAUUGAUGGCAAUGACCGUGGAGGGGGGACGAGACGCCGUGAUGACGUUGGCCGAAGCUUGGGCGCAAAAAGAGUGUCAGUACGUAGUCAACCUCACUCGGGAGGAACAGGGUACAGAUCAGAAGGAACAUGAGUUCUUCCUCAUACAGAUGUACGAGGGCGUCUUUAAAGAAAUCGGUAUGUUGCUUGUAGGGAACAAACAACCCAUGGAAGUCAGUCCCAAGGCAAGGGAGGAAGUCGAAAAGCCGGAAGAAGGACAGUCGUCAAGGCAAGCUGGACAGUCAAGCUCCAGGAAAAGGAAGUUGUAUGUGGGGUUCGAUCACAACCUAGUUGUGAACAGGGGGCGCAGAAAGCAAGGAACCAGGGGACCAUCGCCGCUAAGGGAAGGAGAGCCAAUAGAAUUGUCAUCAGACAGUGACCCUAGUAGCAAGGAAGAGGGAAACCCGAAAAAAAGGCAAAGGCUGGAGGAGGGGAACCCAGAAGAGGGACAACGACCGGGAGAGGACGAGCCCGUUGAGUUUAUCGACCUCACCACCGACGAGGAGGAAGAUGAGGUAACAACGCCCACAAGGGAAAAACGGGGAAGAGGGGAGCAACCGGGUGAGAAAAAGGACAAAUGGAUAGAAGAGUUCGGAUCUGAGUUCAGCGAUUGGUUUGAUCAAUGGGGGACUAUCUUGCGAUAUCAGUGGAUUAUGAAGGCGAGGGAAAAGCUGGGCAGGGGAGAGGAUCUAUCCCCAACAACCUUCUUCACAGAACGGACACUCCUCCAGUUUCAAGGAAUAAAGAGGCAAAUGGAGCAGGAAAUGGAGGAUCGCGCAAGGAGGGAGGCUCAACGCAGGCCACUUGGACGAUAGAGGCACAACAGUCGUAAUAAGGAAUAGCUAGGAGUUGGGAGGGUUUGGUCCCUGGGCAGUCAGAGCUGCCAUUUUGGACUUCGCAUUUGAACUCUUUUUGUGAAUGAAUUUUCUAAGCUCGA